AUGGCGAUGAAAUCCGUCUCUUCUGUUCCCAAUCUGCUUUCGACUACUCCGAGUUCUGUUCUGUCCUCCGACAAGAACUUCUUCUUCGUCGAUUUUGUCGGAUUAUACUGUAAGUCCAAGAGCACUCGUCGCCGACUCGGCGGCGGUUCGAUUUCGCGUGCCCGAUUGUCGGCUCGGAGGCUGUCCUCCUCCGUUAGAGCCGUGAUCGACCUCGAACGCGUUAAUGGCGUCGCACCCGCCGAAGAUUCCGCUUCUUCCUCCGGCUUGAAACCCCAGGUUGCUCAUUUGGAGGACAUCUUGUCUGAGAGAGGCGCUUGCGGAGUUGGCUUCAUUGCAAACUUAGACAACAUAGGCUCACAUGGCGUUGUUAAGGAUGCUCUUAUUGCUCUUGGUUGCAUGGAACACCGUGGAGGCUGUGGAGCAGACAAUGAUUCUGGUGAUGGGUCGGGGCUCAUGUCUUCCAUUCCAUGGGACUUGUUUGAGGUCUGGGCUAAGGAACAAGGUCUUGCCCCGUUCGAUAAGUUACACACCGGUGUUGGAAUGGUUUUUCUUCCACAGGAUGAGACUUUCAUGCAAGAAGCCAAGCAAGUUGUUGAAAAGACAUUUGAGAAAGAGGGACUACAGGUGCUCGGAUGGAGGACAGUUCCUAUAAAUGUCUCCAUAGUUGGUAAAAAUGCUAAAGAAACAAUGCCCAACAUGCAGCAAGUGUUUGUUAGAAUUGUGAAGGAAGAUAGCACGGAUGACAUUGAACGGGAACUUUACAUUUGCCGCAAGUUAAUUGAACGAGCGGUGGCAUCAGAGAGUUGGGGAAAUGAGCUCUACUUCUGUUCCCUGUCCAAUCAAACCAUAGUCUACAAGGGAAUGCUUCGCUCAGAAGUUCUUGGGUUGUUUUAUCUUGACCUCCAAAACGAGCUCUAUAAAUCUCCCUUUGCUAUUUAUCAUCGAAGGUACAGCACAAACACUAGUCCCAGGUGGCCUCUUGCUCAACCAAUGAGGUUUCUUGGACAUAAUGGAGAGAUCAACACCGUACAGGGAAAUUUGAAUUGGAUGCAAUCUCGUGAAGCCUCUUUGAAGUCUCCUGUUUGGCGAGGUCGAGAAAAUGAAAUUCGUCCAUUUGGUAACCCCAAGGCAUCAGACUCGGCAAACCUGGACAGUGCUGCAGAAAUUUUAAUAAGAAGUGGCAGGACAGCAGAAGAAGCUCUGAUGAUUCUUGUCCCUGAGGCAUACAAAAAUCACCCGACGUUAUCGAUCAAAUAUCCCGAGGUUGUAGAUUUCUAUGACUAUUACAAAGGACAGAUGGAAGCUUGGGAUGGACCAGCAUUACUUUUGUUCAGUGAUGGAAAAACAGUUGGGGCUUGUCUUGACCGAAAUGGGCUUCGCCCUGCUAGAUAUUGGCGGACAAGUGACAAUGUCGUCUAUGUUGCAUCUGAGGUUGGUGUUGUACCCGUGGAUGAGUCAAAAGUCACCAUGAAAGGCCGUCUAGGACCUGGGAUGAUGAUUGCCGUUGAUCUAAUUAAUGGUCAGGUAUUUGAAAAUACAGAGGUCAAAAAGCGAAUCUCCUCACUGAAUCCAUAUGGAAAGUGGAUUCAAGAAAACCUCCGGUCCUUGAGUCCUGCGAAAUUCAAUUCCUCAACAAUCAUGGAAACUGAAGAAAUCCUAAGACACCAACAGGCAUUCGGUUAUUCAAGUGAGGAUGUGCAAAUGGUUAUUGAGUCUAUGGCUGCACAAGGAAAGGAACCAACGUUUUGCAUGGGCGAUGAUAUUCCGUUGGCAGCAUUGUCUCAGAAGCCACAUAUGCUUUAUGACUAUUUCAAGCAAAGAUUCGCACAGGUUACAAACCCAGCUAUUGAUCCCCUUAGGGAAGGUUUGGUUAUGUCUCUUGAAGUUAAUAUCGGGAAGCGUGGAAACAUAUUAGAGCUUGGGCCUGAGAACGCUUCACAGGUUAUUCUGUCCAGCCCUGUACUGAAUGAAGGACUGCUUGAGGAGCUACUGAAGGAUUCACUCUUGAAGCCCAAAAUUCUGUCAAUCUUUUUCGAUAUAAGAAAAGGAAUUGAAGGUUCCUUGGAAAAGGCACUCUAUUAUCUUUGUGAAGCAGCUGAUGAAGCUGUUCGAAGUGGCUCUCAGCUGCUUAUUCUUUCAGAUCGCUCUGGUAGCCUGGAACCUACCCGACCGGCUAUCCCAAUAUUGUUAGCUGUUGGCGCUGUUCAUCAACAUCUUAUUCAGAAUGGCUUGCGGAUGUCAGCUUCCAUAGUUGCAGACACUGCUCAGUGCUUCAGCACACAUCAGUUUGCUUGUUUGAUUGGAUAUGGUGCAAGUGCUAUAUGCCCAUACCUGGCUCUGGAGACAUGUAGACAAUGGCGCUUAAGCAACAAGACUGUGAACAUGAUGCGGAACGGGAAAAUGCCCACUGUAACCAUUGAACAAGCUCAGAAGAAUUAUUGCAAGGCAGUUAACGCGGGUCUUCUCAAAAUCUUGUCUAAGAUGGGCAUUUCAUUACUUUCAAGUUACUGCGGUGCUCAGAUAUUUGAGAUAUACGGUUUAGGGAAGGAGGUUGUUGAUCUUGCAUUUACUGGAAGUAUGUCUAAAAUCGGUGGACUGACCUUUGAUGAGUUGGCGAGGGAGUCAUUGUCUUUCUGGGUGAAGGCAUUCUCUGAAGAUACAGCUAAGCGGUUAGAGAACUUCGGGUUUAUUCAGUUUAGGCCUGGAGGUGAGUAUCAUUCAAACAACCCAGAGAUGUCAAAAUUACUCCACAAGGCUGUGCGUGAGAAAAGUGAGACUGCAUAUGCAGUGUACCAACAGCAUUUAGCUAACCGCCCUAUUAAUGUCCUUCGUGAUCUUCUCGAGUUCAAGAGUGAUCGUGCACCAAUUUCCGUGGGGAAGGUCGAGCCUGCCUCAUCUAUUGUUGAGAGAUUUUGUACGGGUGGUAUGUCACUUGGUGCUAUUUCAAGAGAAACCCAUGAAGCAAUUGCUAUUGCAAUGAAUAGAAUUGGUGGGAGGUCUAAUUCUGGAGAAGGUGGAGAGGAUCCUAUUCGUUGGAAGCCACUUACUGAUGUGGUAGAUGGAUACUCUCCAACAUUACCGCAUCUCAAAGGCCUUCAGAAUGGGGAUACUGCUACAAGUGCUAUCAAGCAGGUCGCUUCAGGGCGUUUUGGAGUCACGCCGACUUUUCUGGUCAAUGCCGACCAAUUGGAAAUUAAGAUUGCACAAGGAGCAAAGCCUGGUGAGGGUGGCCAACUUCCUGGGCAGAAAGUCAGUGCUUAUAUCGCUAGGUUAAGAAACUCUAAACCAGGUGUUCCGCUUAUAUCUCCACCACCGCAUCACGAUAUUUAUUCUAUAGAGGACCUUGCACAGUUGAUCUUUGACCUACAUCAGAUCAAUCCAAAUGCGAAAGUAUCGGUAAAGCUUGUGGCAGAAGCUGGAAUUGGAACUGUUGCGUCAGGAGUUGCGAAGGGUAAUGCUGAUAUAAUCCAGAUAUCUGGGCACGAUGGUGGAACUGGAGCGAGUCCAAUCAGCUCCAUUAAGCAUGCUGGAGGGCCAUGGGAACUUGGACUAACAGAAACUCACCAAACUCUUAUUGAAAAUGGACUCAGAGAAAGGGUCAUAUUAAGAGUUGAUGGAGGCUUAAAGAGUGGCGUUGAUGUUCUAAUGGCUGCAGCGAUGGGUGCUGAUGAAUAUGGCUUUGGUUCCUUGGCAAUGAUUGCUACUGGAUGUGUUAUGGCUCGUAUUUGCCACACCAAUAAUUGCCCUGUGGGUGUGGCAAGCCAGAGAGAAGAAUUGCGUGCACGAUUCCCUGGUGUGCCUGGUGAUCUUGUCAAUUUCUUCUUAUACGUAGCAGAGGAGGUGAGGGGUGUAUUGGCCCAGCUGGGAUAUUCGAAGUUGGAUGAUAUCAUUGGACGCACAGAUCUUCUAAAACUACGAGAUAUUUCUCUAGUGAAAACUCAGCAUCUCGAUCUGAAUUAUAUUCUUUCGUUUGUCGGACUACCUCAAUGGAGUAGUACUGCAAUCAGAAAGCAGGUUGUUCAUACAAAUGGCCCUGUUCUGGAUGACAUUAUCCUCGAAGAUCCAGAGGUUAUAGAUGCGAUAGAAAAUGAGAAAGUAAUUGAUAAAACCAUCAAGAUAUGCAACAUAGACCGUGCUGUUUGUGGACGCAUUGCUGGGGUUAUUGCUAAGAAGUAUGGAGACACCGGUUUUGCUGGACAAUUGAACCUAACUUUCCUCGGGAGUGCAGGACAAUCAUUUGCAUGCUUUUUGACUCCAGGCAUGAACGUCCGGCUUGUCGGAGAGGCUAAUGAUUAUGUAGGAAAGGGUAUGGCGGGUGGUGAAGUGGUAGUAACCCCAGUAGAGACGAUAGGGUUCUGCCCCGAGGAUGCAACGAUAGUUGGAAAUACUUGCUUAUACGGUGCAACAGGCGGUCAAAUAUUUGUCAGAGGAAAAGCCGGCGAGAGAUUCGCCGUGAGGAACUCUCUCUCUGAGGCUGUAGUUGAAGGCACCGGUGACCACUGUUGCGAGUACAUGACUGGUGGGUGCGUCGUCGUGCUAGGAAAAGUGGGAAGAAACGUUGCAGCCGGGAUGACGGGCGGUUUAGCAUACAUUCUUGAUGACGAUGACACGCUUCUUCCCAAGAUGAACCGGGAGAUUGUGAAGGUACAGAGAGUUACUGCACCUGCAGGUCAGAUACAGUUGAAGAGCCUAAUUGAAGCCCACGUCGAAAAAACGGGAAGUGGCAAAGGGGCAGCGAUUCUGAAGGAGUGGGACAAGUAUCUACCUUUGUUCUGGCAACUGGUUCCACCAAGUGAGGAAGACACUCCUGAAGCUUCUGCUCAGUAUGUAAGAACAGAAACCGGUGAGGUGAUUUUGCAGUCGGCUUAGUGACCAUCGUCAUCAACAUAGGCAUCAUCAUUCAAGCAUAUGGUUUCGUUAAUCUCAGAAUCAUCCACAACCCGAAACAUAAAGAAGGGGUGCCUUCCAUGGCAACCUUCAAAGGCCAUUCUAAGAAUCGGUACAGUUCCAUUCGUAUCCACAGAUAAAAUGUGCGGAAAAUCUUGUCCCCGGACUCUGUCUACACCGCCAUUCUUGUCGGUAAACUGUACAGUGACUCGGCUUUCUUCACACAAUCAGAUGAUAAAACAUAUGUUUUCAACUGGUAUUGUAA